CGCCGCUGCGCCGCUCGCGACCCGAGCCGAAUUUUUGUUUACUUUCAUCUGACAGCGUUUUUUUUUCCUCUGCUGAAGGCGAUCUCACUUCGGCUAAACUUCGGAUCUUCUCUGUCAUAAUAAUUUGGCACCGUCCGUCCCGUCGUCGUCGUUCGUUGCGUUGUAGAGCAAGCGGCAGGCAGAAAAGCAAUCAUCUUUUUGUGCUGCAGCAGAUUUUCCAGUGUCUUUGGUGUGUGUUUUUCUCUAGUUAGUGUCUCUCCUGCCGAGUUAAUUAGGCUUUGGUUUGCAGUGGAAAAUUUCCGGAAAACGCUACUAAUUGCAGUGGAUUACUAGUGCAUUCUUGCGGGAACAGAACCUGAUGGAUAUUUACGAUUAAAGAUUUGCAAAUGCACUCGAAUACUUAUCGACGAUAACCAGGCUGUUUCCAGUUAUAGGUGUAAUCAAACUCUUUCGAGUUGUGCUCUAGUCUAGUCCGCUACGGGAGCGCGCGCGAAAGAGUACGUAAGCACGGUAAGCGCUGUAAACCUCCCCCGAAAAGGUGAAAUAAAAAGCACGCGGCCGCGGACUAGAAGCGUAGUUGCCUCGCAAAAUGCCGAACAUCAUUCAAGAUCAUCCUAUCGGUAAACAGAAAAGGCUGGCGAGAAAGUUUACCAAAUUUCAAGUGCUGAACAUUAUCAAACAAUUCACGAUGGAUAAAAUGAAAGAAUCAGCUGCCGGCGAAAGUGGUAUUGGUGGCGGUGGAGGAGGCGGCGGUGGCGGUGGCGGAGGCGGAGGAGGAGGUGGAGGCGCGGUUGGAACCAUGGGUAGCGACGAAUUUCACAGCGAAUUUUACAAUACCGGUCGCAUUGGGCGACGGAACGCCCUGCCCGACAUCCUGGGGUCGCAUUGUACCACGACGACGGCCGACCUGCCAACGCAGAUGGGUGCGCUGAGUACCUCCGAUUGUCCCAGUAAACCCGUCAACGCGGCAUCUGUCGUCAGCGGUAGCAAUCUGAUGGCCAACGCUCCAACGACAUCGACCACCGGAAGUGGUUCCUAAGAGUAGCUCUCCAAAUCCUAGUAUGUAUACACCACUUUUCCCCCCGAUCUACAUACGCGCAAAGCUCGAAAUCGGAAGGCUUCUGAGUUGUAGUAGCUAUCAAGCAAUACGGCUAAGUUCUUUUCGGUAAAGAAUCAAAACAAAACAAAAACUCAGAUCAAUCCGACCCAUCGAGACUAAUCUCACUGUGGUAGUGUUGGUGGUGGUGGCCACGGUAACGCGGCCCUGCCCCAAUUUGUACGAAGGACAAACGAAGGUGUGGAAACAGUUUUCUUUUCUUAAAAUCGAGAGAUCUCGUUUAGUUAGCGGAAGAACAAAAGAGGAAACAUAGGGAGAAAACUAAAAGAUAAAAAGUGCAAAUAACCGACUGAAUGAGCUUGAAGCAUACACACAUUCAAAAGAAAACACGAGUUAAGUAAAACAACCAAGCAACAAACAUCACAAUGGUCAACACAUCAACAGCAGUAUUGUGCAUUAUUUCUUACCUACCUACCCUGACGUCGGUAUGUGUUUGACGACCAAAGAUUUUCAGCACCUUUACGAGUGGAGGGACAAAGUGUGUUUUUGUUUUCUCUGAAGGUUCCGUUUUUCGGAUCGAAUAAGUGCAGUUAUGAAAGUAUAGUGAAAAUGAUGAAACCCCGCUGGAGAUAAAUGUACAUUUCGGUAUCGAACUUGUUUCAAGCACAAAGUAACUGGUAAGAAAAUUAUUUAGGAACUUAAGUCGAAAUUGGCCAUUGUUAGUUUUGGUUUCUCCCUUGACUUUGUGAUCCCCAACUACUUGCACUGUGACCGAAGGAGAUUACUUGAACUUGAUUAUUGAAUAGACUUAGCGUUUAAUUAGGAACUACGUUGCAAAAAAAAAGUUGUAUUGUAGCUUGCAAGCAGUAUGAUUCAAUUUAGUAUUUAUAUGUAAUUUGUAAGAGUACAAAAUAGUUUGAAUAACUUCCUAAUUUACUUAUUGAUGGUGUAGUUCAAAUGCUAUCAAAAUUCAUUGUUGCUUAGCCAUAUUUAGACUAACUUUAGGUAAUUCUCGCUGAAACCACGUCAUCGUUUACUACCUCGUACAUACAAUGCUUUGCUCACUCGUUAGAACUUAGUUUAAAGGAUACAAUCAGACGAAACCAUUGAGGUGAUGCCAAAUUCAUCACGCAAGCCGAGAAGUAUUUCAUCUCGCAGGUCGUAUAAAUUACAAGUAACGAACUCUACCGUUUGCAGAAUCUUGCAGUAAAUCCCACAUCGUGAAAACCAUCCAAAAAUUCCUCCACAAGGAUUUUUCCAGAAAUACCGUCAGGGUUUCGUUCUGUAAUUUCUCUAGAGAUACCGCUUGUAAUGCCUUCCAAGAUAUCUCACUAGAAUUUUUCCGGAUUUUUCGUAGUAUUACUUCGCGAAAUUCUACCGGAUGUUGUUCCAGAUUUCUACCGGCAUUUUCCAAAGAUCUGAAACGGGAUUCCUCUUUGAGAAUGUUCCAGAAUUACGAUCGAUUUCUGUUGAGUUUUUCACAGGGAUUUUUAAGAUUCGCUUCCCGAGGUUUUCUAGGUAUUUCUCCUGAGGCCUUCGCGGGAUUUUCCCCACAGUUCCUCCUGCGUUUUACCCAAAGAAAUUUUCCUAAGAUUUCUACCAGGAUUUAUCCUAGGAUCUUUUCAAUUAUGCACAGGGAUUUUUUUUUGGGGUUUUUCUCAGAUAUUGUCGAACAAUUUCUUUUAGAAUUUUCUCUUUGGAUUUCUCUUGAAGGAUUUUUCCGAUUCCUUUAAGAACGGAUUUCUCCAAAGUUUUUUUUUUUUCCGAGAUAUUCCCAGAGUUUCUACAGGAGUUAUACCUGGGAUUUCUAGUAGAGUUGCUAAAAAGAUAUCUCCAGGAUUUUUUCACUAAUUUUCAGCAGAAGCACCUGGGAAUUCUUCCUGAGGAUUUUCAUAUAUUGCCUCCCCAGAGGCCCUGAUGAGAUUUUUUUUUCGAAAUUUCUCCAUUAACUUCUUAAAGAAAUGUGUGUUAUUUCCAUAGUUUUUCUUGGGAUAUUUUUUAACGACUUUUGCGUGAUUUCUCUUUAAGUUUUACCUGAAAGUUCUCUCGGAGUUUCUCCCGGUACUUGUGUUGAACGAUGUUUCUCAUUUUUUUCCAGAAAUUAUCCUGGACUUUCUCCCAAGAUUUUUACUAGGUUUCUACAGGAGUUCAGGAGUUGCUGAUAUUUUUCGUGAAGCUUUUCCCAAAAUUUGUUUCAGAGAUUUUCCCAAGCUUUUCUCUAUAGCGGUUUUCGAGAUGUCUUGCAGUGAUCCUGCAGAUUUUUUAGCGAUUUCCUGCGAUAACUCCCAGGAUUCUUCCCGGAAUCCCCAUCGUAAACUGUACCGGAAUCAUCGACCUUUUUGGAUUUUCUCUAAUAAUUACUCACAGAGUUUCUGUAGGUAUUUAAGGAGUUUUUCUGUGAAUACGUUCUGGGACAAACAACCUUUAGAAUCGUUUGUAAGGAAUUUCCGAAGAUACAUCGGAAUGAAUUUAUGCCAUAUAUAAAAAAAAUGGCAGUAAUCCCGGGACGAAAUAUUGGGGAAAUUACAGGAGGUAAUCUGAAAACAGCUAAGGAAAAUCUCGGGAGAAACUCCCUGAGAAAUUUUCUAGAAGAAAUCCCUGAAAUAAUUUCUACAGAAAUCUCGGUAAAAUCCAAACUUUUACUGCUUGUUUGAGUCCAUAGGCUUUUUCGUAGUUUGCACACGUCGUUGAGAUUGCUGUUCUUGAAGCCUUGCUUCAUAUAGAUCUUGUUUGUAGCUUCAAUAUAGUCAGAUGACGAACUCGUCGAACAGGCAUCUCUCAAUUAGUCAAUUCGCAACAUUUUAUCAGUAAAGGGCAAUAUAGGGUAAAAGCUCCCUUAGUGGAGGUAGUACCAAUAGUGGUGGUAGUGCCAAUUUAGCACUAUUUCGAACAAAAAGCUUGCAAAUGACAUUUUUAAUAGAUGCAUCAUAACUAAUUAAUAACAUUAAUUCAGUUUUGUGUUCAGGAUUUGCCGAAAAACCUAUUUUAAACAAUUAUUUUCCUUAAAUUUUUUGCUCCUUUGCACCUAUAGUGGUGGUAGUGUUCCUAUAGUGGUGGGUCCCAUAAGAAUUCAAUGGGAUGCGCCACUAUAGGAACCAAUGUUAAAUUUUACCUCCAUAAUAGGAACCGUGUACCUAUAGUUGGUGCAAGUGAUUUAUUAGCAAAAACUUAAAUAAACAAUGUUUUUUACAUUUUUCCUAGCAAAUUUAAGUGAAAAACUACCGAUUAACGUUUUCAGACUUUUUAUUUUGUGAUAUUAUCAAUUUUAUUCAAUUAUUUUUCUACGAGGAGCUACUAAUAGCACCACUAUUGGUACAUUUACCCUAUAACAUUGUAUUCUAGCUUGGUCCUCGAGCCAUAUUAAAUUAGACACCAGCAAAAAGACUGCUUGGUGAUGACUAAGUAUGUAGAAUUCGAGAGUAAGUCUCGGCUUCAUAUAAACAAUUCGCUCUCACUUGUAGUUAAUGGGCACAAACGUGAGAGUGUAGUUGAUUGGCAUCUAAGCCGAAAGAUAGAUUGAUUUGUGAAAAAGGGAGUGUUCAUGGUGUGACCUCAGAGUCAGUUUGACUUUCCGCAAGCGCCGGUCUUGCGAAUACGGAGUCGUGGAUUUUAAUCCCACCAGAACGCAUUUUUUUCACAAAUUCAUCUCUUAAUUUGUCCAUUAGCAACAUUCUGUGCUUUUUCAAUUAAUUACAAGUUUUUCCAGUAUUUUUUGCUUGAAUUGCCUCAUUUCUCUUGAUUUCCUUCUGGUACAAAGACAUCCUAACGUUUGAGCAUUACAAUUUUCAAAUUCAAGGUAAAAUAUAUAAACUACGGUAUGAUUUCAGCAAAAAUUACACAUUCAUCUUUCACUCUCAUUUUCCCGAUAGGAUCCAAUCCAAACAUCCCCAUUGCACUCACGCUUAAUUGCACCUUAUGUUCCUUAGGAGGUUAUAAUGUACGAAUAUAGAAGCGUAGAAAUCUCGUUUAGCAAGAUAGCGACACUUACCCCCUUUAUAGCAAUUUCAACCGGAAAAAAGUUCUGCAUAAGAAUUGAUUUUACUGCUUCUUUGGAAGUAAUAUCUUUUUUGGUCUGAUCGGCUGUGAUGAACCGGAAUUAAAAAUGCCGAUUUUAUGGUCACAUUGACCACUGUUUCCUUAUAGGUUAUUUAAGAAGUGAACCCCCUUGAAAACAGACAAUUUCAAUUUCUUAGACUAACUGCCCAUCCUCAGCUUAAGAAUGCGACGACUACCAAUACAAAUGAAUUCAAAGUGGUGGUCAAUAUACAGGAGGAUCGAUGGCUUAGCGACCCUCGAUAAAGUACCCUAAUUUGAGAAACAUUUUGAACAGAAAGUUAACGAGAACAAUAUUUUUGACAGUAGUAUUGAACAUAUAUUGAAAUCAAGGCAAACACACACAUACACGAGCAGCAUAGAAUCGCAAAUGUAUAUUACUUGCAAGUAAAUAGAUCUUACAGGUGUGUAAACCAAAGCUAGUGACGACGAUUAUGGAAAACGAUCAUGAUACUUACACUUUUAUAACUCUCCAUGUAACUAUUUAGGGAUUGCAACAGAAACAACAGUGUAGGUACCGUGCCGGCCAGUAUUGGGAGUGUGAACGUUCGACAUUAGUGUGUUUAUCUGGUAGGAAUGUAGCGAUCGUUACACAAACUGAUCAUUGUUCAAUCUGUUCAUAGGUUUUCACUUUUCCUGCGUCACUUAGUAUAGAAUUAUUCAGUUCUAUUUUAUCAAGCUUUUGAAUUCUUUUUCAAUCAAUUGAAAACUGGAAAAGCUCCAAUUUUUGAAAAAAAGUUGCUAUAUAACUCAAAUGAUUUGUAUUGAAGUUGUAUUUUGAAGAUAUGCAAGUUAAGACAGGGUUCUGUUUACAAAUGCGUAAUAAAUAGCGAAGAACACUUCAUUAAGAAGACUAGCAGCACUGUUGGAAAUCGGAAGUCACUGUUAGCAGCGCACCCACGGAUGAAGGUCGAACUAUUCAUGAUAGUGUGAGUGUGAGUAAAUAUUCAUUCUCGCAUCAAUACACUUUAAUGCAAGGGUACCUCUUUAGCUCCACAGGCAACGGUGCCGUCGGUGACGCUUAACAAUAGUAUGGGCACGGGAAAAUAACAGAGUUCCAUGUCUUCUUGAUAAAGUAAUCUUCGCUAAUAGUCAUUUUGCAGAAUCCAUCAAGAACAUGUUAAUGUUUUUUUUGAAAUUAUAGUUAUUCAUUGCAUAACACAAUUUUCUUAAAAUCUUACUAAAUCUAUCAUGGUGUAAACUCGUAAUUAAAUUACAAGAUUCUGCAUUUCAAAGGCAUUAAUAAACAAGUGGUAUAAAGAUUACAAAAAAAAAAACCUAUCAUUCAACAGUUUGUGUAACGAAACGUGCAUACCAAGCUUCUGCCCAACAAAAAGUUCCUCCUAACAAACAAAAUUGUAACGUAAGCGAUAAUCUUCGUUAUAACUUCAGGUCAGAUCGUCCGCGACACGCAUCCCACUACUACAACGGUUCUUUGAUUUGGACAGAAAACGAAUUUCGAUAUCGAACGCAGUUUAUUUGUUGCUUUGUUUUUAGCUGUUUGGAUUAGAAAAUUCAAAUUUUAACUAUUAUAUAGGCGAAAACUGAAUGUAAUUUAGCAUUGAUUGGGCAAGCUAGUGAAAUUUAUGGCGGAUUGCCAUUACUGUUUGCAAAUUAUGUGCGGUCAAAACAAAAGCCACUCAACGAAUGGAAGGCUAGGAAAGAGUACCGAACAACAGAUCAGAGUAACGACUACAAGCGUAACAACGUAACAUUUUUCUACCAUUUUCUAACCUAUAGAUAUUCCGCUAGAAUCACGUGCAUGAUCCAAUCCAAGUCUUAUACAUAAUGUGUCAAUUGUAUUGAACAACAAAAUCAAACAAAACUAAAUAACAACAAACCCAUGUGUAAUGAACAAACAAACAAAAUGAAAAUGUUGGUAAUAAUUUUGACGAUGAGAGCGUAACAAUCGAAAUCCUAUAGAUGUGGUGAAGAGUGUGUUUGUGUGAUACAUCGAUGUGGAAAUCAAGCUCCAACUCUUGAAGUUGGUGCAAACAAAUAAACAAUGAGUAACAAAAUCAAACAAAAUGAGAGCAUUUUCUACGUUGACAAACACACACACAUAAACCAACUUGACGCUAUAGAUACGGUUAUUGUAUUAUUAUUAUUACUGUAACUUAUAAUUAUUGAUACAAUUGUAUAUUUACAUGAUUAAUGAUUAUUUAUUGCCGGAACAAUAAACAGUGAACAUUAAUGCGUUCGUCAAUAAACUUUGAAAAUUUGCAGUUGCAUACUGCGUCCGAGGCGAAAA